ACUAGCAGUCAGCUCUCAUGUUUAUAAGAGAUCGCCCAGACCCAACGUAGCCCGACUUGGCAUACUUUUGCAAUUGAAGUACACCAUUAACAAACACUCGCAUAUCUGCUGAUACAACUGGUGUCAUAAACAAUAACUAUGGCAUUGCGAUCCGCUCGGAGAAUCGAGAGAACGUGCUUAUCGCCCGGGUAUUAUGUCAAAUAGUCGAAAUUAUCGUUUGGCAGAGCUCGCGAGCGAAAACAAAAUAAAACCCCACUGCCAAUAUUCAUUGAAAGGAAUCAUAAAAUUUUAUUAGCCCAAAAUCAAACCGGGUUGUGGAGAAUCUCCAAAACAAAAAAAAAAUUGAAUGCAAAGAAAACAAAACACCGAAACACACUAAAGACCUGUUUGGCUCGUGUAGGGUUGUUUUUGAAGGUUGUGUUCUGGUUUCGUAUUAAAAUGCCUCUGCAAGCCAGUUAUACGUUCAGUCUUCUUCUGCCAAGAUGCUGAAGCUUAACUAUCUGAACUAUAUUUUGAUCGCCCUGAUCGGUCUCGCGAUCUGUGAGUCACAAAAGCCCCAAGAAGUUGCAGUUGAGAGUCUGGAUUGCCGGAAAAAUACUUGUAUGGGAUUGGAUUUUCCCAUUGCUUCAAAGAUUGCCUACUUCUCAGAAGAGGUGACCAACAAUUUGAGGGAAUACGAAUCGCUCAUUCUGCAUAGCUCCCAUUUGGCCAACCUGCCCAGAAAAGUAUUCCUCAACCUUCCUCAACUUGUGGAAUUUGAUGUCUUGGAGUGUCACCUUCAACAAGUUGAAAGAGAGUGCUUUGAGGGUGCCGAGAACUUAAAAAUACUCAAUCUAGGUGGAAAUAACAUAAGAGUUUUGGAAAGCAACACCUUUGAACUGGCCACACAAUUGGAAGAGCUCAACUUGUCGGACAAUCAGCUGGAGGAACUUCCUGCCAAUAUAUUCCUGUCACUUAACAAGCUAAAAAAGAUCAACUUUUCCAACAAUCAGCUGAAGACAAUUUCAUUGAAUACAUUUUCAAAACUAGGUUCUCUAAAAUCCAUAAAUCUGGACAGCAAUAAGCUGGUGGAACUGCCUGGUGAACUGUUCAGAGAUCAGCGAAAACAUUUAACCAACUUUUCAGCCAGAAGUAAUCGUCUAGAGGGGAUUCCUUCAAAUAUAUUUUCAGAAAUAGAGGGUCUCUUUCUUUCGUUCAACCCUCAACUGAAAAGUCUCCAUUUAACAGCCAAUAUGGAUCUGCUGCAGGCCACCAAUUGUGGUCUCGAAUCAGUUAAGUUGGAUGGACGCGUGAUUGGUGUCCAACUGGAGGAUAACCUCAAUUUGAAAGAGUUAAAAAUAUCCCAGCCUCAGGAUCUGGAGCAACUCUAUUUGGCCAAUACCAAUCUGACCAGACUUGAAUUUCUUCCCAAGGCCAGUAAAUUAGUUGACUUGGAUCUGACAGGCAUUGAGAAUCUCUCGGACUUGCCUAAAAUUUCCUCAGCCAAGGGAUUGGAACGAUUGAGCUUUACUUACGACAACAUAACAUCUGAUCAUAUGGAUAUGCUGCCUCAAUUGAAGGAUCUCAACUAUUUGGAGAUAUCCCACGACAAGGGAAGGGAGAUCUUUAUAAAAGAUCUGGAUGAAGAUUUCUUUGUGGACGAGGCGGAACUUGAUUGUGGACAGUUGGCGGAUCUGUUGGAGUUUGUCGAACUGCCGAAGGACACAACCAUCUUGGAGGAUCGAUUGGUGGGCGAUCCUCGACGGCCACUUAGAUGUGGAGCCGCUUAAAAUGUAACACUCCUUAGGGGAACUUAAUGUUUAAAUCCAAAAUAAAUUAUUCAAUACAAACAUGAGAAAGCAAGAUAAUUGA